AUGAUUGUAACGUUUGAUCGUACCAUGCAGAAGAUUUCGCGCUACAUAUUCCCGCGAUGUGACGUCAGAGACUGUAUUGAAGAUAGAGGAGAGAAUUCGGUUUUAGUAAAAAUCGCUGAGCGAGUUGGCGCCGGUGCUCCAGUGUACUUGGCUGCUGUGCUCGAAUAUCUGAGUGCUGAGAUCCUUGAGUUGGCGGGCAACGCUGCUCGUGACAACAAGAAGACAAGAAUCAUUCCCCGUCACCUUCAGCUGGCUGUCCGUAGUGACGAGGAGUUGAAUAAACUUCUGGCCGGUGUCACAAUCGCACAGGGAGGUGUUCUUCCUAACAUCCAAGCUGUACUUCUGCCCAAGAAGACCGAGAAGAAACCUAAGGCUUAG